UUCACGAACGCGUCGCAGGUCUUGUGCAAAGUGGACCACUGGUGCGCCACAUUCUCGUUUACGCUGACGGUCGUGUACGACAGGACGUUGUCGACCGCCGUGUUCUUCUCCCGGAUCGCCGUCGUGUACAAAUGCGAGCCCAACAUGUCCAGGUACCGGGCGACCAUCAGCGCGUUCGAGGCGUACUCGCCACCGUCGUCCACGGAACUCCGCCGGCACAGGGCGUUUUCGCUGGUCGUGGUCGCCACGUGCCUGGCCGUCAUCGUGCCCACCAACGUGAUCUGCAUGUACUACUUGUGCCACUACGAGCCCAACGUGGACGCGUCGCUGUUCGUCUACCAGCUGUUCAUGUAUAUACAGAAUCUGAGCAUGUGCUGCAUCGAGACGCAGUUUGUCGUGCAAUGUUUCAAGGUCUACACCAAGUUUAGYGGCAUCAACAGCGAUCUGAAGAGGCUGAAGGACGCAAACGUCAACCGCUCCGAGUACCCGUUUAUGUCCUCCGAGGGCUCGCCAUCGUCGACCGCCGUGUUCGACAAAAACUUUUACCGUCCGCGGUUCAUGAGCCAUCCGACGGCCAACACGGUCGAGUUGCUCAGGAUCAAACACUGGCUGAUCCGGCAGUCGACGGACGCGCUCAACAACAUGUUCGGCGUGCACAUGGGACUGUCGGUAUUCUAUCUGUGGCUCAUGGCUCUGUUCGAUAUCUAUUACGAAAUGUUCUAUAGCUCUCGGUCGCGACUGCUGGUCUAUAGUUGGCUACUGCAAUACACGCUGAGGCUGUUAUUGAUCAUAUUGAUGGCGCACUUUACGGCAAAACAGGCACUAGAAGCGAAAUCGCUUAUCACGGAUACCACUAGCGGAAUUAUGGAUAGUAGUACCAAAGAAGAGUUACAGUUGUUCAUAAAUCAAAUAUGUAGUUCUACAACAGAAUUUAAUGCGUAUGAUUUCUUCACGUUGAAUACACAAGUAAUAAAAUCGGCUAUUGCUGCUGGUGCUACGUGUCUUGUUAUUUUGGUACAAUUUCACGCUGAGAGAAUUUGAAUUAAUUUACCAUCAAGAUAUCCAUAUAAUAUAAUGAUACUUAAACACAAAAUGCACUUGAUAACAAAAUAAUAAAUAUAGAAAACAAACAUUAUAUAUUUAAUUCAGAAAAAUCUUGUUUUCGUUCCUACUUAUUUUGACUUAUUUCCUUCUUUGAAGAAUAGUGAGAUAUCUUCAGCUAAGAUCGUCAUUGUUAAUAACAUUAAGAAAAUCUAGAGAUACUUACGUUAUGUCUAAUGUCAA